GUGGCUCUCUUUGGGUGUCUUGGGUGCAAAGGAAUUUGAUAAGAGGAAGAUUGUUUUGGGACUUGCACCCGGAUUCUUCGAGCAGCUGGAUAUGGCGUAGUAUUCUUAAGCUGCGGCCAUUAGCAAGGCUUUUUCUAUGUUGCGAGGUUGGCUCGGGUGGGAAUGCGCUAUUCUGGCAUGAUAAUUGGUCCGAUUUAGGUCCGCUAAUAGACAUUUCAGGUGCUAACGGACCGCGGGUUACGGGUAUUUCUCGGUUGGCCACGGUUUCUCAGGCGAUUAGAGAGGGUGAAUGGAGGUUGCCCCGUGGAAGACACCCUAUUACUAUGAUGCUUAAGGAGGUUCUUCCUCAUCCGCCGGUGUUGGUUUCUGGGAUGGAGGACUGGUUCAGUUGGCGGAAUUCAGCUACGAGCACACCGGGUUUUUUUUCAGCGUCGAGAACUUGGACUUCUCUUCAGCCAUCGGGUACUGUGGUCCCCUGGGUGAAGUCUGUUUGGUUCUCCAACAGUAUUCCAAAGCAUUCCUUUAUUCACUGGGUGGUUAUGAGAGAUCGUCUUCCCACUAGAGAUCGGUUGAGAGGUUGGGGGCUUAAUGUACCGCCUGUUUGUCUUCUUUGUCAAUCAGCCCCUGAAUCGCGGGCUCAUUUGUUUUUCGGAUGCCCCUUUUCCAACCAGGUUUGGUCUUCCUUCUUCUAUCAUCCAUCGCUUCAUCCCCCAAGAUGUCUUGAUGAUAUCGUUGGUUGGGUUACAAACGCUUCUCCCCUCUUAAAGCUUAAGGUUGUUUGUAAGAUGUUGCUUCAAGCCUCCAUUUAUUUUGUUUGGAAAGAAAGGAAUGCCCGGUUGCAUACAGCCGUUACCAAGACUCCGGCUCAAAUCAUCCGGGAUGUCCAUUCGAUUUUGCGGUCCAGACUGGCGGGACUAGACAGAUCAAACACCAGAUCUGAUCUUCUUGCGGCUCAGCCGAAUAAUACCCUCUGCUCCACCUAUCUUUCUGUCUGGUUUGGGUUCAUUCAUUUUGGCAAUUCUCCAGCGCCGUAAUAUUCUAAAUCAUUAUCUCCUCAUUUUGUUUUAAUGGUCCUCUACUGUUAUAUCUCUCCUCCUAUCGCGUUAUCUUAGAUCUUUACAAUUUCAGUUUUAUCAGUCUUGUUUAUUUCUGAAUUUAUUCUAUGUAUCU